AAGAAAAGAAGAAGGAGGAGGAGGAGUAGAAGCAGGAGGAGGAGGAGGAGGAGGAGGGCACGAGCGCUGCUCUCACACAGGAAAGGCUGUAGAGCUUCAUUCAGCAUCAGCACAACGGAGACAGCACACACACACACACACACACACACUCAUAUACACACACAGGAAUAGGAAUACAGGCAUACACGCGCAUGCACGCGCACACACGCGUUUUACGCAUAGGCACGCUCAGCAAUACGCAGCAUUGCCCACGGCAGUCCCGAAGCGCAGCGAGUAAACUAACUGGACGCAGGUGAUUCUGGGAGGGAGAAAAAGGAGGAAAAAAGUUGAGGAGGAGGAGAGGAAGGCUCGUUCUCGAUGCUGUGAACGCGCACCGCAUCGCCACAGGCUGGGAACGAGCUGAUUGCGCCGCUGGAGACGCACCGAGAGCGCACGGAGCGCGCGGAGCUUUGAGGACUUUUCUGCGGGAGGUUGAGGAGGAGGACGCGCGGAGGAAGAUGCUGGCGUUUGCAGUCGCGCUGUGCCUUUGGGGAGCAGUGGCUGAAGCGGCCUACUUUUCCCAGCAGCCCCAGGACCAGGUAGUGGUGGCUGGCCAGUCGGUGACGUUGCCCUGUGUCAUUGUGGGAUAUCGAGGCAUGGUACAGUGGACCAAAGAUGGCCUAGCACUUGGUGGAGAAAGAGACCUACCAGGUUGGACGCGUUACUCUCUUCUGGGUGAUCCAGCAUCAGGAGAGCACAGCCUGGUGAUCGAAUCGUCGGAGCUGGCGGACGACGCCGUGUACGAGUGCCAGGCCACGCAAGCAGGGCUACGCUCACACCGGGCCAGACUCACCGUGCUGGUACCGCCUUCGGACCCUGUAGUUGAUGGAGGCCCCGUGGUGCGGCUGAAGGCUCACACGCCCCACAACCUGACCUGCCGAGCGACUGGGGCCAAACCUGCUGCAGAAAUCACCUGGUACCGAGACGGAGAGGUCAUGCACACUGCUAUCUAUUCCAAGUCUCUUAUGGAGGACGGAAAGAGGGAAACAGCUGUGAGUUUACUACCGAUGACGCCGGAGGACCGAGACUCAGGGCGGACCUACACCUGCAGAGUCCUGAACCCGGCCGCACCUGCAGGACGCCAGACCUCCGUCACCAUCAGCGUCCAGCAUCCGCCCUCUGUGACUCUGUCCGUCCAACCCCAGACUGUGAUGGAAGGAGCCAAAGUGCUGUUCAUCUGCUCUGCCUCGGCCAAUCCGGAGAUCACUGGCUACAGGUGGUCCAAAGGUGGCGUCCCCAUCUCCGAGGCCAACGGGGACAGUCUGGAGGUGACGGUGGAUCAGUCCUACUUCACCGACCCCGUGUCCUGCGAGGUGUCCAACUCUGUGGGCAGCACUAACGUCAGCACGCUGGUGGACGUGCAAUUCGGCCCGAGGCUGCUGUCAGAACCCAAACCCCUCACGGUGGACACGGGUAUGGAUGCUGCGUUCACCUGCGCAUGGACUGGAAACCCACCUCUAACUUUGGCCUGGACCAAACAAGGCUCUAAUGUGGUGCUCAGCAACAGCAACACGCUGCAGUUGAAGGCCGUAACUCAAGAAGACGCCGGAUUGUACACCUGUAAAGCCAUCGUACCCAUGAUUGGUGUGGCUGAAAGAGAUGUCACUCUUACUGUCAACGGUCCCCCCAUCAUUACGGCUGAAGCUACUCAGAAAGCUGUGAAACACUCGAAAGGAAAGCUGGAGUGUUUGGUGGGAAGCAGCCCUCCACCGGACAAAAUCGUGUGGACGUUUGGGGAAAUGACUUUGUCCUCCGGCUCCUCUGGUCGUUACUCCGUUCAGACGGUCAACAGCGACCGAGGCGUCCUGUCCUCGCUGAUCCUGUCCGAGACGCUGGCCCAGGACUUUCAGCUGCGAUACAACUGCACUGCCUGGAAUCGCUUUGGAACGGGAACCGCCCUGGUCAUCCUUAAAGAACAAGAGGCUCUUCCCAUGCUGAUCAUCAUCGGUGCCUCGGUCGCCGGCGGCUGCGUCUUCAUCGUCUGCGUCAUCACCCUGGUGUCCCUCUGCUGCCGCCACACUGCCAAAGGUAAAAAGGGGACUCGCCUGUCCAAGAGCGACAUCCGCGUCCAAAUUGUGCACAGUGACCACAACGCCGCCCGAGGAAACGACGACGAGGAGGACGUGAAGGAACCGAUGGCUCCCAACAGCAGCGAGUCUCCGGGGACGUCUCGCACCGAGCACAGUGAUCUGCUGGAGGAGGAGGACGAUGAGAGAUCGGAUAUUAAGGAUCCCACCAACGGCUACUACAAUGUCCGAGGCCACGACGACCGCCACAUCAGUCGCACCGGUUUCUCCGAGUACGUCCCCAACUCUCGUCCAGUCUACACGCCAUCCCAGCUUCCCUCCCCCAGCCCGCUGUACGGCCAGCAGGCCAACCCUCAGACGCGCAUCUACGACUUCUCCAACCGCUACGCCACCACCCCGAGCACACGCAGCACCUACGAGCAGCAGCAACCGCAGCAGCAGACGCAGCAACCGAAGCAGCAGCAGCAGCAACAGCAGCAACCGGGCACGCCCACCAUGUACCCGCAAGAGCCCAUGUACUCCGGCUCCGGCUACCUCCCCUCCACCUACGGCCGUGCCUUCACCAGCUACGUCAAACCGGCCUCCUACGAGAAGAUGGACGGCUACGAGCAAUCGGACCAGGCCAGCAAAGUGUCCAGCUCGUCUCGCUUCUCCUACGCGUCCUCGCAGGUGUCCUCGCAGCAGUCCGACUACGGACGCCCGUCUCAGCAGCGCAUGCAGACUCAUGUGUGAACGGCUUCUGACGGCAAAAGAGACUUGCGUUCAACCAGAACAGAGUAGUAGGAACUGAAAUUGCAAUUGGAAUUGGUUCGGAAUUGGAAUUGGUUUGGAAUUGGAAGUAGAAGAGGAAUUCCCCCUCCUGCAAACACCUUUUUCCGUAAAGGAAAAUUGUUUGGGUUGAUUUGAUUCGGGAUUUGAGACUUGAGAUUCGUGCGACAACAAGGUUGUAAAGUCGUCUCUCGACUGUAACCGCGACUGUGGUUCUUUUUUUACGGGAAUGUGGAACCUGAAGGAAACUUUCUGAGAAAGGAUUAGCUCUGUUGUGAUGUUCCGUCACACCUAGACUGCGUACGCAAAUUUAAUUGUGUUUAGCUUCGUCCGCUAGCUAAACUUCCGGCGAAUGAAUUCAUGAAUCCACCCUUUUAUUCAUCCCUUUUAUUUCAUCCAAACGGAUCGCACUCCACACUCACGGAGUUGGGAAUUGUCCGUUUUUUGGUGCGAAGGGACUUUGGUGGAACCAACGGACCGGAGUGCUCACAUGGACUCGUGAUGAUACUAACCUUUGUAAAUGAGAACGUUGUGACAUUACGCUUGACCACAAUCAAAAAAACUAAAUGAAUCGAAAAAGGAAAAAAAGAACAAAAAAAAGAGAAAACCCUUAUCACCAAUUUAAACGAUAUCCCAAAAAAAAAAAACUCAAACCAUACACGGACUGUAAAAUGUCUUACGUGACGGCAUGCUGAAGGAAUUGUAAGCACAUUUAUGUGUGUGUGUGUGUGUGUGUGUUCCUGACAUGAGGACUCCCCCUACGACUACAGAGGAAUUGAAGGGAUAUAAUGUGGGAUAUAAACAGGCGAGACAAGAAAGAGGAACAACUGGUUCUGAGUUCUGGGUCUUCUUUUUUCUGAAGGCUUUUGUCUGCUGUUUUGUGUCAUGUUUGUUUGUGCUCUUGAGGGGGUACUUUUGAAGAAUAAAAAGUGAGCGAGCGAGUGCGCCGGAUCAGCACGAGAAGCAGUAUUCCGAACUCGGCGAAAAACAAAAAAGGCUAAGCACGCGGCACUUCAGGUGCUUUUUUCGGUUUUGUUUUGUCGAAAGAGAGAUUAUUAAGCUCAAAUGAAGAAGAAGAAGAGGAAGAAGACGAAGACGUGACCGAGACACUGAGAGAGUAGUCUCGCUUUUGUAAGCGACCCGGCGUAGAGAACGGCGUGGGGUCGCUUCCUGUAGGAAAAUGGAAUAGAUAGCAAGAUGUCGUCGAUAUACUCCCUCGUGUAAAUAGGAUAUAUUGGAAUGUCCUUUUCAAUAUAUUGCAUUUUUGUAUGGGUUGGGUUCGGGGUGAUUUCAAAGGUGCCUCUGCUGAGCUGAGCUGUUGGGUUGAGUUAUCUGGGUUGACUUUAAUUGAGUUGGUGGCAAUCUCCACGCAAACACAAAGCCUUGAGCCAGUUUAGCAACUACACUGUGUUGCUACUGUGUUUUGUGUUUGGUUUUUUGGGUUUUUUUUUUUUUUACGUAAAAAUGAAAAAAAAAAGAGCGCAUGGGCAAAGAUCUUAGGUAUUGAGACCUUAUACGGACUUCGAUGACACAAUCAAGUAUCUCUCCAAGAUGUUUACAAAGAAAAAAGACAAAGACGAAGAAGAUGAUGAUAAUAAUGAUGAUAAUGAUGAUAACUACGACGGCGAUAAAAAGCAAAGCUCCUGAGAAACGCAGAUCAACGACUGUAAAAACCCGGGGUAAAAUAAAAACCCUCCUCCUCCUGUCUGUUGCAUGCAGAUGAUGUGUCUAUGUGAACGUAACUGAGCAUUUCUUUCUGUGUCCAUUCCCUGUGUAAGACAUUGCUUUACUGCACCCGACACGAUUCAGAAUCAGAUUUGAAUUCACAUUUGGAUUUACACAUUUAAAUUUGAAAUCUGAAUCUGAAUCUGAAUUUGAAUCUGAAUCGUGGCUGUCCACUAGUUCUAGUGGACUUUUUUUCCCGUACUGCCAUUUUUUUCUUCAGGCCUGAGUGGUUGGCUCUAAUUGAGGAAAAUUGAAAAAUUAGACGAGAACAAAAAUUCACAAAGUGAACUAACUAACUGUGUCUGAGAAAACACAACAUUGCUUGUCUUUAUUUUUAUACUUUAUAUAAGCCUUAAUGUACAGCUUGUGAGCUGCUCUACUGUAAAGUACAUUUAUAUUAUAAAUGCAUAUAAAUAUAUAUCUGAAUCUGAGUUUUAUUAUUAUUAUUAUUAUUAUUUCGUCCACAAUCUCUUUACCCUUAGGCCUGAGUUUUCUUCAUCGAUGUCUUGAGGAAGUGAGAGGACUUUUGUUUUGUUUUGUUUUUUGUUUUUCGUUUUUUCUUUCUUCGAGACACAACGAAUUGUCCUUUAUUUUUAUUUUUAUUUUUUUUUAAGAUUAUGUAUUUACUUGCUAAAAUGAGAUAUUGUUGCUUGUAACUUUGUACACAUAUUUAUAUUUAAAUAAAAUCAUUUCAAAUAAA